GUUUCCGGCGCGUCCCUAACGGCCGCCGCGGGCUGGGCCCGGCCCGGAGAACCCGGUUUCGCGGUGACCCGAGCUCGUCUGCCUCGACAGCCGUGGCCGAAGCACCCGCGGCCGGCGCCGCCCACUCGAAGGGAGGCCCGAGCCGAUGGGGCUGCCGAGCCGCGAGGUCGAGGCGGCCGGUGCCCCGCGUGCCCCGGCCGGCGGCUGAGGGGUCGCUGCAGCGUCAGGGCGGCCGGACGGUAGCAGCGCCUCCGACCUCGCGUGCCCCUGCGCAGACUGGGAGCGGUGUCCGGCCCGAUCGCGCAGGGGCCGGGCCGGGGCGGCGUGGGGACGGCGGGCCCCGGGGCCGCGACCGGGGCGGCGUCUCCGCGGGGCGCCCUCCGUGGGGGCGGGAGGCGGUCCCCGGCGCGGGGCGCGAGCGGCGCGGACGCCGCCUCCUUCGCGCGUCUUGCCCCUCCGGCAGCCCCGGCGUCCUGCCGCCGCCCGCGGGACGCAUCGACCGGCCGCGGGCAUGGCCACCCGGGUCCGGACAGCGGCCAUCUGGGUCCCACCUCUCCAGGAACAAGAGAGUUCACGCCUCAGAGCGGGAGAGCUGCAGGGUCAGGACACCGUCCUGGGUCAAGGGACCCCUGACCACCGGCCUCUCCCUGGAGGACCCUGGCAAAGACACAAGAAUCACAGGACAGAGCAGGUUCUAGAGUGGCUGUUUAUUUCCCAGGAGCAGCCAAAAACCACCCAGUCUCGGGGACCAUUGUCAUUCGUGGAUGUGUUUGUGGACUUUACCUGGGAAGAGUGGCGGCUGCUGGACCCCUCCCAGAAGCACCUGUACCGGAGUGUGAUGCUGGAGAACUACAGCAACCUGGUGUCCCUGGGGUAUCAAGACAGCAAACCGGACAUCAUCUUCAAGUUGGAACAAGAAGAACCGUGGAUGAUGCCAGCCCAGAUCCCACGUCCAGGCCAUCCAGAAAAAGUCGGGGAAAUUGAUCGUAUGGAAUGGCAUCAGGAAAAUCAAAGCAAGCUGGAAAGUAUGGCAAAAGGCUACGAAUGUACUACAUUUGGAAAGCUGUGCCUUCUUAGUACAAAUUAUGUUUCUUCAGGACAAAACCUUCAUAAAUACGUCACACGUGGAAUGAGUUUUAAAUAUAAUACAGACUUCAGUAGUAAUCAUGCUGGAAGGAACGAUCCUAAUGAGUUUCAUGCAUAUAGGGAAUCAUUCCACCCUUCUAAACAUGAGCAAACUGUUAUUGGAAUAAAAUACAGUGAAAGUAAUGAAUCUGGAAAAAUUGUCAACAAGAAGUCACAACUCCUGUGCCAACCAACGUACGCAGGAGGAAAACCUUUUGAAUGCAGUUUUUGUGGGAAGACCUUCAGCAGUAAGUCCUACCUUGCAGUGCAUCAGCGAACUCAUGUAGAAGAGAAACCCUACAAAUGUGAGGGAUGUGGGAAGACCUUCAGCAGCAAGUCCUACCUCACUGUCCACCAGAGAACUCACACAGGUGAGAAACUCCAUGAGUGCAGUGACUGUGGGAAAGCCUUCAGUUUCAAUUCACAACUUGUUAUACAUCAGAGAAUCCACACAGGAGAGAGUCCCUAUGAGUGCUGCGAGUGUGGGAAAGUAUUCAGUAGGAAAGACCAGCUCGUUUCACACCAGAGAACUCAUUCAGGACAGAAACCCUAUGGUUGUAGUGAAUGUGGGAAAACUUUUGGUUUGAAGUCACAGCUCAUUAUACAUCAGAGAAUUCAUACAGGAGAGAAACCCUUUGAAUGUAGCGAAUGUCAGAAAGCUUUUAAUACAAAGUCAAACCUUAUGGUACAUCAGAGGACCCAUACAGGGGAGAAGCCCUAUGGUUGUAGUGAAUGUGGAAAAGCCUUCACUUUCAAGUCACAGCUCAUUGUACAUCAGGGGCUUCACACAGGAGUAAAGCCCUAUGGGUGCGUCCAGUGUGGGAAAGCCUUCAGCUUGAAGUCGCAGCUCAUUGUGCAUCAGAGAAGUCACACAGGAAUGAAACCUUAUGUAUGCAGUGAAUGUGGCAAAGCCUUCAGGAGCAAGUCGUACCUCAUUAUCCAUAUGAGAACUCACACUGGCGAGAAACUCCAUGAGUGCAGUGACUGUGGGAAAGCCUUUAGUUUCAAUUCACAACUUGUUAUACAUCAGAGAAUCCACACAGGAGAGAGUCCAUAUGAGUGCCAUGAAUGUGGGAAAGCCUUCAGUCGGAAAUACCAGCUCAUUUCACACCAGAGAACCCAUGCUGGGGAGAAGCCCUAUGAAUGCAGUGACUGUGGGAAGACUUUCGGUUUGAAGUCACAGCUCAUUAUACAUCAGAGAACCCACACUGGGGAGAAACCCUUUGAAUGCAGCGACUGUAGCAAAGCCUUUAAUACAAAGUCAAACCUUAUUGUACACCAGAGAACCCAUACAGGGGAGAAACCAUAUGGUUGUAGUGAAUGUGGAAAAGCCUUCACUUUCAAGUCGCAGCUCAUUGUACAUCAGGGAGCACACACUGGGGUAAAACCAUAUGGAUGUAAUCAGUGUGGGAAAGCCUUCAGCUUGAAGUCGCAGCUCAUUGUGCAUCAGAGAAGUCACACUGGAGUGAAACCCUAUGGAUGCAGUGAGUGUGGCAAAGCCUUCAGGAGCAAGUCAUACCUCAUUAUCCAUAUGAGAACUCACACAGGCGAGAAACCACAUGAGUGCAGUGAAUGCGGGAAAUCCUUCAGUUUCAAUUCACAGCUCAUUGUGCAUCAGAGAAUCCACACGGGGGAAAAUCCCUAUGAAUGCAGCGAGUGUGGAAAAGCCUUCAACAGGAAAGAUCAGCUCAUUUCUCAUCAGCGAACUCAUGCAGGGGAAAAACCUUACGGAUGCAGUGACUGUGGGAAAGCCUUUAGUAGCAAAUCCUAUCUCAUCAUACACAUGCGAACUCAUUCAGGAGAGAAACCGUAUGAAUGUAACAGAUGUGGGAAGGCCUUCAUUUGGAAGUCACUGCUCAUUGUCCAUGAGCGAACGCACGCAGGGGAAAGCCCUUAUAAAUGUAGCCAGUGUGAGAAGUCCUUCAGUGGAAAGUUACGGCUCAUUGUACAUCAGAGAAUGCACACAAGAGAGAAGCCCUAUGAGUGCAGUGAAUGUGAGAAGGCUUUCAUUAGGAAAUCUCAGCUCAUUGUACAUCAGAGAACUCAUUCAGGGGAGAAGCCCUAUGGAUGCGACGAAUGUGGGAAAACCUUCUCUCAGAAGUCUAUCCUCAGUGCGCAUCAGAGGACUCACACGGGAGAGAAACCCUGUAAAUGCACUGAAUGUGGAAAAGCCUUUUGUUGGAAGUCACAGCUCAUUAUGCAUCAGAGAACUCAUGCAGAUGAAAAACGUGUUGAUGAGUUAAAUGUAAGAAAUUUUCUUCCACAAGUCAACUCAUAGGAAAUAGCAGCAAAUUCAUAUAGAAGAGAAACUCUGUGAGAUCAUCUCAUUGUACACCAGGAAACUAAUACUGAGUAGAAACCUGUGAAUGCACAGCAUGGACAGGGAUGCCCACAGAAAGCUGCUUUUUACACAUACCCUCCCCACCCCGACCCCCAGUAAAUGCACACAGGAAUGUUAAGAAGGUGAACCCCGUGGAAGUUUUCAGCAGCAAGUUAUACCUUUUUUUUUUUUUUUUUAAAGAUCUUAUUUAUUUAUUUGACACAGAUCACAAGUAGGCAGAGAGAGAGGGGGGAGCAGGCUCCCGGCCGAGCAGAGAACCUGAUGUAGGGCUCGAUCCCAGGACCCCAAGAUCAUGACCUGAGCCAAAGGCAGAGGCUUUAACCCAUUGAGCCACCCAGGUGCCCCAAGUCAUACGCUUUUUAAGUAUAGGUGAGGAACCAUAACAAUGAAGUGAAUACUGGAAAGUUAUUUUUUUACUGUGAUAAAUUUUUUACUGUGAUAAAUUUGCAAAGAGGAAGUUUUGUAAAACAAGUAAAUAUGGAACACAUUGCUUUGAAAUUUGUAUUAAACAGGAGGAUUUUUUAAAACAGUAUUUUAAUGAGAAAAAUGGAAACCAGCGAAUGGCAGAAUUAUCAAAAUCACACAUACUUUAUGUAUCAGAAGCUCAUACUUUGGAGAAACUAUACUAUCAAUUAGGGAAGUUCUUGAUAUAGGAAAGACAAACUUUCAUUAAAAAAUUAAUAAUAUGUAGUGGUAACAAAAGUCUCAAUAGAAAGGUUCCCCUUACUGUUAUUUUGAUUAAGUUAGAAACAAUUUCCUUUACAAAUUAUUGUGAGGGAAAUUGUGUUCUAAAUGUUCCAAAUUGUUAGGAAAAGGUUGGAGAAAACCUCAAGUAUAAAUGAUAGGCAUGUCCAAAAUGGAAUAUAUAUAUUUUUCCAAGUAAAUAAAUGCAGUCACAAGAACCAGAAAUACAUUGACAGACCUACAGGGAUAUUUAGAUCUUAUCUUCCUUGGUACUGUGUGAGUUUUGUGUAGUUUGGCAUUUUACCUAUGAAUGUCACAGAUGAGAGGUAAGUUAGGUAGAUACAUGCCAUUGUCCGGGGACUUGUACUUUGCAUAGCAACAUUGUUUUUAACAAAUACAACUUGCUACUAGAAUGAUGUGAUUUAUUAAAAAUCAAUUUCAAUACUGCAAACCUUUCCUACUACUUUGUAGCCUUUGUAAGUGGGCCUGGCAAUGACUUCUUUAGUUACAUAUGUGCGUAUAGUGCCAAAUCAGGUGCUUGUGUAGCUGGAACGUGUUCUGCCCCCAGCAGUUAGAACAUCAUGAUUUUCUUUAAGAUAAUCUCUGAGUGUAGGAGGUCAUGGGGGGCUCAUCACUUGUGGUGUCCUGCGAAGGCGUCGGCAUGAUCGUUAAGGUAGGCUAAGAUGUUCAUUCCAGAUUUCUGAUGGACUCCUUAAGUACCAGGAAGAAAACUGAACUUUUGUUUUCUGAUAACAUUUUCCUGCAACUAUUAAUCAGUUCCUUCUAUACGGACUACCCAUGGUAGCUUUAGUUAUUGUCACUUUACAACUCGAGUGCACCAGUCUUUUUAUUUGAGUCCCCGGUUUGUGUCUCAGGCAGACGUGUACGUGAUGCUAUGGAGAUGCGUGCAGCCACGCCCCAUUGGCUGUGCUUCGCAGGGAAUGCUUUUAACCCCCAAAGUGAAGGCUUGUGGCAACCCUGCAUUGGGCCAGUGGGUUAGUUUUCCAACAGCAUUCGUUACUUCAUGCCUGUGUCACAUGGUAGUAAUUCUGGCAAUAUUCCUCACUUUUCAUUACUUCUUAUGUUGAUCUCUCAUUACUGCUUGUGAUUUGCUGAAAGCUCACCAUGUUUUAGCAAUAUUCCUAAAUAAGGUGUGUAUGUUGCUUUUUUUUUUUUUUAGAAUACAUAAUGCUUUUGCAGUCCCAAUACACUAUAGUACUACAGUGUAGUGUAAACAUAACAUAUGCAUUGAGUAACAACAAAAAAAAAUCAUUUGACUCGGUUUAUUGCUUCAUUUGCUUCAUUGUGGUGGUCUGGAAUGGCCCUGCAUGGUAUCUCCAAGGUAAUUAAUGCCAGUUUGUAUAGCUGCAGAGUCAGGGUAGUAAAAAGUCAUUCUGCCACUUGCCUUCUUACAAAGUCCGUUUUCUUCACCAGUUUGUGUACAUGAAAGAGCAUUUACCUGAAAACAGUUGAGGCCAUAGCAUUUAGGACUGUUUUGGAGGAGUAGGACGGUUCCAAACCGCAAGUAUAUCUGAAAACACCCUCCACUUUCUACUCUGUGCUUCAGGAGGGAAACCCACCGUUUACCCAAAGAAACUGUUGCUUCUUCGGAGGAGAUAUUUAGUGAUUUCUGAAUGUCUGGUCCUUAUUAUAUUCAGUUCAUUAUACAAGAUCCGGUCUAAAGAUAUGUGGGCUGUAGAAGGAUGGUUCACAGAAGGGAAGAGAAAGUUGUAUAAAGAAGGAGUGCCAGUAUUUGUAAAGUAUAUCCCCCAAAUCCGGAAAACACGAAUAUGUGUUUUGUCAUACAUGUUCUGAGGAAGAUUCAUACAUAAUAAAGAGUAAAUACCUAAGAGGAAGUCUACAUUCAGUGCACUACUACCCCGUGUCAGUUAGAUUUUAAAGGUUUCUGAUUGUGUGAGGCAAAUCCACAUGCAACAUGUUAUCCAGUAGAUGCCAGAAAUGGUGACAUAAUGUUGAAGACAGGAAUGAAAUAUUGUGGGAAAGGCUAAUGCUAACAUUAAGGUCUUAAUCUGAAGUGAAAAAGAAAAUUUAGGACACCUGGCUGCCUCAGUCUUUUGUGCAACUCUUGAUCUCAGGGUUGUGGGUUUGAGCCCCGCCUUGGAUAAAGUAAAGAAAAAGUUUGAAAUUUAACAAAAUGAAUAGACCCGUAACUAGUGAACAAAAAGGAAAAGUAAAGAUUUGAAUCCCUGGCUUGAAAAUCGACUUAGUCUUUCUAAGCCUGCCCCAGUUGCAGAACAGAAAGAAAUUCCAGAGACUUCUAGCAAUAGUUGAUAAUUCUCAGGAAAAGUCAUGGAACAUUAACUAGCGUUUUACAGGUUUUCCCAAAAAUUGACAUGUGGAGGAUAAAUGUUGCAAUUCAUAUUUGUGGACAUCACAGAAAAUAAACUAAAUGUUAUUAGAGCAAAACAAGUGAAUAA